CAGCUGAACGCGCCAGUAACGCAGAGCGGCCGUGAGCGGUGGAUGAGAGAGAUUAUCCUCCUUUACGGCGACUCAGUGUUAACGCGGAGUCAAACAGACAGCAGGAGGUUUGUGACAGAAAAUGGGAAACGCCGACAGCAAGCUUCACUUCAGGAAGGCGGUGAUUCAGCUCACCACCAAAACACAGCCUGUUGAAGCCACAGACGAUGCCUUCUGGGAUCAGUUCUGGGUCGACGCCUCCACCACCGUCCAGGAUGUUUUCGCCCUGGUGCCGGCAGCUGAGAUCAGAGCCGUCAGAGAGGAGUCUCCGUCAAACCUGGCAACCCUCUGCUACAAGGCAGUGGAGAGGUUGGUCCAGGGCGCGGAGUCGGGCUGCCCCUCAGAGAGAGAGCGUCAGAUUGUCCUGAACUGCACCCGCCUGCUCACCCGCAUCCUGCCCUACAUCUUCGAGGACGCCGACUGGAGAGGCUUCUUCUGGUCCACCGUGCCCGGAGCUGGCAGAGCAGGGCGUUUGGAUGAAGAUGGCGAUGAUGAUGAAUCUCGACCGCUGGCUGAAUCCCUGCUGCUGGCCAUCGCCGACCUGCUCUUCUGUCCAGAUUUCACCGUCCAGAGCCACAAGAAGAACAGCCCAGAUACAGGGGAGGACAUUCGGUCCAUAGACAGCUGUGAGUACAUCUGGGAGGCCGGGGUGGGAUUCGCUCAGUCACCUCCCCUAAACUACGUCCAUGACCUCAACAGGACAGAGUUGCUGAAGUUGCUCCUCACCUGUUUCUCUGAAGCUAUGUACCUCCCUCCAUCUUCUGAACGUAAAAACAUCAAUCCCUGGGUCGCCUUCUUCUGCUCCACAGACAACAGACAUGCCCUGCCUCUGUUCACCUCCCUGCUCAACGUGGUGUGUGCCUACGACCCUGUGGGCUAUGGCAUCCCGUACAACCACCUGCUGUUUUCCGACCACCGGGAGCAGCUGGUGGAGCAGGCGGUCCAGAUCCUUAUCGUCACCCUGGAGCACGAAGCUGGGUCAGCCGCCAGUGCCGCCCUCCAGGCCCUGGACGCCUCCACAUCCCCCUCCCCUGAGGAGGAGCAGGAGCCUGCUGGACCUGAGAACCUCUUUGUGAAUUAUCUCUCCAGGAUCCACAGAGAAGAGGACUUAAGCUUCAUCCUCAAGGGCCUGGCUCGACUGCUGAAUAAUCCUCUGGUUCAGACCUACCUGCCUCGUUCCACCAAGAAGAUCCAGUUCCACCAGGAACUGCUGAUCCUCUUCUGGAAAUUCUGUGACUUCAACAAGAAAUUCCUGUUCUUUGUCCUGAAGAGCAGUGAUGUGCUGGACAUGCUGGUUCCCAUCCUCUUCUACCUGAACGAUGCCAGAGCAGAUCAGUCUCGUGUGGGCCUCAUGCAUAUUGGCGUGUUCAUCAUCCUGCUGUUAAGUGGAGAGAGAAACUUUGGCGUUCGACUGAACAAGCCGUAUACUCUCCGUGUCCCCAUGGACAUUCCUGUUUUCACAGGAAAUCAUGCUGACCUCCUGAUUGUGAUCUUCCACAAAAUCAUCACCAGUGGACACCAGCGUCUCCAGCCUCUCUUUGACUGCCUGCUCACAAUAAUAGUGAACAUUUCCCCUUAUCUGAAGAGCCUGUCCAUGGUGGCUGCCAACAAGCUCCUCCAUCUCCUGGAGGCCUUCACCACACCCUGGUUCCUCUUCUCCUCCUCACAGAACCACCAUCUGGUCUUCUUUCUGCUGGAGGUCUUCAACAACAUCAUCCAGUAUCAGUUUGAUGGCAACUGCAAUCUGGUGUAUGCCAUCAUCCGUAAGCGAAAUGUCUUCCACCAGCUAGCCAACCUGCCUUCUGACGCGCCGUCUAUUCAGAAAGCCCUGCAGAGGAAGAAGGAGAAGAAGUCCGGGAUUUCCAGGACUAACUCUGCAGAGAAUGAGUCCAUGGAGGGCUCUAGACCAGCUGUACCUGCUGAGCCCGGCACCCUGAAAGCCAGCUUAGAGGCCACUCCAGGAAUCGAUAAGAUAACUGAGAAGUCCCAGGUGAGUGAGGAUGGUACCAUGGUUGCUGUCCCACAGUCAGAAUCUCCACAGGUAACUGCAGACAACGGUGCUACGACUGGUGCCAGUGACACAGAGUCCAACUCGGAGAGAGACCACGAGGUCUACCGCAGUGAAUCAGAAGCAGCAAGGAGUCGGUUGUCAAGUGUGUCUUCAUCAGUGGCCUGGAGUGCCAGUCCAGACUGGGUGUUGUCAUGGAAGGCAAAACUUCCUCUACAGACUAUUAUGCGGCUGCUACAAGUGCUGGUCCCUCAGGUAGAGAAGAUUUGCAUUGACAAGGGUUUGACAGACGAGUCAGAAAUCCUCAAGUUCCUUCAGCACGGGACACUUGUUGGCCUCCUGCCCAUCCCUCAUCCUAUACUCAUCAGAAAAUACCAAGCCAACGCUGGCACGGCCAUGUGGUUCCGCACAUACAUGUGGGGAGUCAUUUAUUUACGCAACGUGGAUCCGCCAGUCUGGUAUGACACAGACAUAAGGCUGUUUGAGAUCCAGAGGAUUUAGAGGAGCUGCUGAAGACAUUCAGUUGACUCCUGUUGGUUCCCUUCAUGCACUCAACAACAAGUUCUGCCAGUUUAACUUCCUCACACCUCAGCUCUGAUCAGAGGAGCAUCUCACAUCUUUUUGGUUUUAUUUAAAGACAACAAGCAGUGAUAAUCUUCUACUUCUUGUAAAGUAUAAGUGUGUCAGUAAAUUAGUCUCUAUACAUUACAUGGAGCCUGUAUCAUGAGCAGAUGCAGUAGAGGCAAUGCCAAACGUAAUCAUGAGAUGUGAUUUAUUGAACAUGUAAUUACUCGCUUUGCCAAAAAGAUAAUUAAGGUAAUCUGUGGUUUAAGGUGCAAAGAUGAAUGUUUGCACAAAGCUUUUUGGUGUGUCUCAGAACACACUGAAUGCUUUCUGUUCAUCUUGCCAUGUAUGAACUACUGGAAAUGAGAAACUCUUGGCUGAAGGACACUGUCGUAAUGAAGUUUUUCACUCUGUGCUGAAAAGAAACUAAACAUGGUGUAAAAGGGGACUGAAACUCAGUGACAUGAGGACAUCUUUUCUCUCAUGUCCUGACAAACAAAAUGUCUGAAAAUGUUUUCUGUUGCUGAAAGGACAAGAAAAUCAGAGGAGAGGUGAAUAUGAUGUGUUUUAUCCUGUCAGAAUUAAAAACUGAUCAGUUUGAGCUCAGAGGACGUUUUGUCAUGGAAAACAUUUUCCUUCAAUUUGCUACAUGGCCAAAAGAAUGUGGAUACAUAAACAUGGUAUUGGUAUUGUUAUAUUAAUACAGCACAAACAAGCUGGAAGAACUCUAUUGUGUAAAAUAUCACUGUGUUCUGUAGCAUUACGGCUUUCCUUCACUAGAUGUACGGGGCUCAAACAGAAAGAAAAACAGCCCCACAUGAGCAGCAUACAUGGCUGUCCGCAUACGCAAAGGUGUG